ACAACACCUCAGUGUCUCUUAUAUCAUUUAGUCAUCAAAAUAGAAUGAUGUCUAUCCUAAGCUUACUGCAGUUAGCUAAAGAUUCACCAUGAAGUCUCUUCAAGUGGCCCAAGUACAAGACCAUGGGAGUCACACUGAUAGAAUUGAUCAAGUUUCAGACAAAAGCAUUGUAGUUCCUAACAAACUCGUCAUAAUAGCUGAUAGCUUCAAAGGCGAACAUUCAUGGUUCAUUGCUCCUCAAAUCCCAACAGAUUUUUCAGUUCAAGUUCAGGAAACCACUUAUGGUGUUCACAAGUACCCCUUGAUAUCAAAAUGCGGCUACAUAGGACGAUUGGAAGUUCAAUCUUUGAUCUCAAAUUCUGGCAAUGAGCUCAAGCUUGAAAACUUUCCAGGGGGAUCUGAUACAUUUGAAACAAUUCUAAAAUUCUGUUAUGGCCUCCCUAUAGACUUCAACCCAGAUAAUAUAGCUGCACUAAGAUGUGCAUCAGAAUUCCUAGAGAUGACUGAAGAACUAGAAGAUGGAAAUCUCAUAUCCAAGGCAGAAGCUUUCCUCACAUUUGUUGUGCUCUCUUCAUGGAAAGACACUAUCACUGUUCUGAAAUCUUGUGAAAAUCUAUCUCCAUGGGCUGAAAACCUCCAAAUUGUCAGAAGAUGUUGUGAUUCCAUUGCUUGGAAGGCUUCCAAAUAUGACCCCACAAUUGAGGAUGCAGUAGCUAAUCAAGAAAGUUGGUGGUUCAAUGAUGUGGCAAACUUACGCAUUGAUCAUUUUAUGCGGAUCAUUUCAGCAAUAAGCGCAAAAGGAACCAAACCAGAGAUCAUUGGUAAAUGUAUCAUGCAAUAUGCCAAGAGAUGGCUACCAGGAAUGGAUGUAGAGUUAGAAGGACUAAGAGGAUAUGGACAUGGAAAGAGUAACCUACAAUUCAGUAUUUUUAGUGGGAAGAAGAAAGAAAGCACUGGACACAGCAAUGAGCAAAAGACAAUUAUUGAAAGCCUAAUAAGCAUAAUUCCUCCUCAACAAGAAGCUGUCUCAUGUAAGUUUUUGUUGCAGAUGUUAAAGAUGGCCAUGAUGUAUUCUGUAUCACCAGCUCUUACUUCAGACCUCGAAAAGAGAGUGGGUAUGGUAUUGGAGGAUGCUGAGGUGAAUGAUCUUUUAAUUCCAAGAUAUCAAAAUGGAGAUCAAGGAAAAACAAUCAAUAGCAGCAUGACUAAUUCAUCUGAAGAAUGCACCAUGCAAGACAUAGAAGUAGUCCAACGGAUUGUUGAAUAUUUCUUAAUGCAUGAGCAACAGCCGAUGCAUCAGCAACAAAAUUCUGGGAAAUUCAAUAUUAGCAGGCUCUUGGACAAUUACAUAGCUGAAAUUGCAAGAGAUCCAAAUCUUUCAAUCACCAAGUUCCAAGUUUUAGCUGAAUUGCUACCAGAAAAUACUCGAUCAUGUGAUGAUGGUCUCUAUAGAGCCAUUGACACCUACCUCAAGACCCAUCCUUCACUGACCGAGCAUGACCGUAGAAGACUCUGCAAAAUACUGAACUGUGAAAAACUGUCAUUUGAUGCAUGCAUGCAUGCUGCACAAAACGAGAGAUUGCCUCUAAGAACUGUUGUCCAGCUUAAAAGUUUUCACCUGAACGAAAGAAAACUAGACAUGCAGGUUCUAUUUUCAGAGCAAGUAAAGAUGAGGGCAGCAAUGCAAGAGAAGGAGCCAGCACAAAAUGGAAUCAACUCUGAACAUGAUGGAAACCAGAUAUCUGCAGCUCUGGACAUUAAAUCACUCAAAGCAGAACUUGAGAAUGUAAAGUCCAAGAUGGUAGAACUGCAGAGUGACUACUUUGAGUUGCAACAGGAGUAUGAAAAGUUAAGCAACAAGCCAAAGAAUUUAUCAGGCUGGAGUUUAAAUUGGAGGAAGAUUAAAAAGUCCUUUCAUACAAAAACAGCAGGGGAUGAAACUGAAAAUGGUCAGGAUAUACCCAAGUCAUCAAACCCCGUACGACAUAAAGGAACCCCUAGAAGAAGGGUCUCAAUGUCUUAAAAGUAUUUCAUUUUCAACAUAAAAAAUUAUGUAGCAAAACACCUAUCUAGCCAUUUUUAUAUGAAGCAUAUAGUCUAAAUUUUAUAUCUAAAGAUAUUGUUGACUUCAA